UCGAUAGCGCGCCGAACCUCGGGCUAGAAGGUCGAGGGUUCGAGACUUGCUCCCUGCUGUUUCAUUAAAUUCAUUACAAUAAUAAUACAUGUUCAACCGUUUUAACAACUGUCCACUGAUUGGUGGAAACGUUGCAAAUAUCCCGCGAGUUUUAAAUUGAUUGACAGCUCUAGAGCACUCGUCGACGUUCGUCUUCGUGGUCCACUCAAUUAAAAGUCCAUCGUGAAAACAGAUGCUCGACGGCGGUGAAAAAAGUCAAGACCUCAACUAUCAUUAGCUGUCAAGACUUCACCCUAGCAAGGCUAAUCCUAACCAAGAGCUGAAAGGCAGGGGAAAAGAUGUCAGUGGUUCAGAUGGUGAAGAUCGUGGGUCUGGGGGCUGUGGCCCUCACUCUCAGUGUGGAGUGGUUGGGCUGGCUCUUCUGUCGCCUCUGGCCCCGGAAAAUAUCCAGAGGGCCCCUGAAAGAAGUAUUCUUUUUCCCUACAGAGGUCGCCUGCACUGAGCAUCUCUUCACUCCUAACUCACCAUUCCCCUGCCCCUGUCCUUUACCCCACAACAUCAACACCUCCUUCACCCGUCUCCUGGGCCACAUCCUGUCUGCCUCCUCCUCCUUGGACCUGUGUGUCUUCGCAUUUACCAACCUGGACCUGAGCCGGGCCGUGCUGGCACUCCACACCAGGGGCAUCCCCAUCCGUAUCCUCACUGACAUGGACUACACCCUCAUCACCGGCUCCCAGAUAGGGGCCAUCCGCAGAGCAGGCAUCUGUGUGAGGUGUGACUCCGGCGCCGUCCACAUGCACCACAAGUUCGCCGUGGUGGACGGCCGGCGCCUAAUCACCGGCUCCCUGAACUGGACGCUGACAGCCAUCCAGAGCAACAAGGAGAACAUCCUGGUCACGGAGGAACCAGAUCUAGUCCUGCCCUUCAUCACUGAGUUCCAGAGGCUCUGGGAUGUCAAUGACCCGGCUAGGAGACACCUGCCGUCCAUCGCUGAGAAACCUGCUAGUUUAGUACUAUAGAGAGACAGAGAAACAUGGCUGAAAUGUUUGUAUGGUGCAGUAGCUGGUGGUUACUUUUGGUACGGUGAUUAUGUAGAAUGUUUUUUUAUAUUUUCCAUUUGUGAGAAACCUGCUAGUUUAGUACUAUAGAGAGACAGAGAAACAUGGCUGAAAUGUUUGUAUGGUGCAGUAGCUGGUGGUUACUUUUGGUACGGUGAUUAUGUAGAAUGUUUUUUUAUAUUUUCCAUUUGUGAGAAACCUGCUAGUUUAGUAUUAUGGAUAGAAAGGUGUAUGGUCCUUAUCUGGGACAAACCUGUCCAAAUAAAAACAGUAUUUAUAUAAGUGUAGUGUGGUACAUUAGGAUUGGGCAGUACUGGUCAAGUACAUGAUGUAUAAUUUGGGUAGUUUUAUAUUUUUUUCAAUCUCAGAUAAACCUGCUCAUCCACAUCUUAUCAGAGAAACCAGCUUUCUUCGUAAUGUAGAUAGACUGAGAGAAACAUGGCUUUCAUCUGUAGUAAUCACUGCUUUAGACUGGUGUGGGGAUGAUGUAGAAUGGGUAGUUUGAUAUUUUGUACUUGGAAGUUUAUAGUUUUACAUUGUUUACAUUGAGGUAUUUUGUUAUUGUACACAAUGUUGUAUAUAUUUUAAUACAAAGUCAUUAGAAUUGUUUUUUUGUUUUGUUUAAUGUUAUAUUGGAUAACUAAAAGAUACAAAACAAAUUCCUAUGUUAAAUGCUAUAUUUAAAGUAAGAUUUGAUUACAGUAUUUAGAUAAAGAUAGAAAUAGUGAGAAUACUUAAUGUUAACUCAGUCCAUCCUAUGGCUUAUCAUUAAGAACCAGACCAGUAUGCCUAGUCAGAACAAUUGCACUGAGAGAUAAGUGGUGCAUUGCAGUCACGCAGAAGAUAUUUGUAAUGCUUCUCAGAGCACACAGCUCAAAUUAAAAAUCCACUCUACUG